AUGGAUUUGGCAUAUGCCAACGGAAGUGAACUGCCCACUGACAAUGCCACUGCAUUGCUGUACAACUCAUACAUGCCAUUAUGGGAAGAUUUCAAUAGCAGUGUAAAUGACCUGCGUUACUUCCUGAUAGGACUGUACACAACAGUCAGCGUCUUGGGUCUGCUGGGAAACAUUCUCAUAUUGACCGCACUGGCCAGGAAGUGGAAGGAAAAGACCAUCAUCAACUUUCUUGUGGGUAACCUGGCAUUCUCAGACAUUUUGGUGGUCCUGUUUUGCUCUCCAUUUACUCUGACCUGCGUAUUGCUGGAUCACUGGAUAUUUGGGGAGGCCAUGUGUCACAUUGUCCCGUUCUUGCAAUGUGUGUCUGUGGUGGUCUCAACACUGGUGCUGAUGUCUAUCGCUAUGGUGAGGUAUCACAUGAUCAGCCGCCCUUUGUCCAAUCACUUGUCUGUGAACUCCGGAUACCUUCUCCUUAUCGCAAUCUGGAUGCUCGGCCUCUCCAUCUGCUCCCCUUUGCCGAUAUUCCACACCACCGUGGACCUGAGCGAGACCUUCCACCUGGAGUCUCUGCAGAACAAGUCGCUGUGCAUCGAGUCGUGGCCCUCUGCCGGGUACAGGAUAGCCUUCACGAUCUGCCUGCUGUUCAUCCAGUACAUACUGCCGGUGGCCUGCCUCACGGUCAGCCACGCCACCGUUUGCAGGAGGGUCAGUUCCGGAGUCCCCAUCCAGCCACCGCCUCAGGUGGAAGAGAAUGAAAUGAUCAGGUUGACCCUCCAGCAGCCUGACCGACGGGUCUUCUUACCGCGCCGCUUCUCCAACUCCGAGAGGUGGAGGCUGGCGCUGGCCAGGAAGCAGAGGAGACGCUACAGCAAAAAGGCGUGCACGGUGGGCCCGGCCACGUCCAGCCAGGACUCCCAGGGCUCCGCCAAACGGCUGCAGGGUGGAGACCACCAGAGGCCCUCGGCCCUGCUCCUGCGUAGCGUCCCGGUGUGCUUCGAGCUGAAGGACGACGAGACCACUGCCGCGGAGCUGCGCAAAAUGCUCGCCACCUCCAAGUCCGUCUCCAGGAUGAGGAAGAGGUCCAGGAGCGUGUUCAUCAAGCUGACCGUGGUGGUCCUGGCGUUCGCCGUAAGCUGGAUGCCGCUGCACGUUUUCCACCUGCUGACAGACUUCAGUGCCAACCUGAUAUCCAGCCGCCACUUCAAACUGAUCUACUGCAUCUGUCAUCUGCUGGGGAUGAUGUCCUGCUGCUUAAACCCUAUUCUCUAUGGAUUCUUAAAUAAUGGGAUCAAAUCUGACUUACUGUCCUUGAUCAAGUGUUUUUAUAUAAUGUAA